CAUCUGCUGUGAACGAACGAAAUGCAUAAAAUAUAUUUUACGGGAACAUUUCUUCUUUUAAUAGUACACCUUGCGAAUUCGGAAAAAUCCAGCGGCUUGUACAUAGACAAUGGGUAUAAUCAAACGAUCCUAUAUAAAAUUGCUAGUAAGGAACAAAGGCACAUGGAGCGUAAUUUAUUGAAUAUUCUUGAGUUACCCGACCAACCAAGGAAGAUUGUACGCAGAUCAUUGAUGAUGAACAGAUCAGCAUCGAAAUUCCUGUUGAAUAUUUAUCAGAACGUUUUAUCGAACAACACGACGACAUCAAAUAAUGAAGAGUACGGGAACAUGGAAGAAUUCAAUUUUAGUGAUCGAUACAUUAACAUCAUUGAUCGAAGUGAUUUGAUUAUGACGUUCGGUGCUCAUAAUCCACACUCGGGUAAUGCAUCUAAAAUGAAUCGAGGUAGAAGAAUUUGGUUCGACGUAUCGGAAAUAUCAAUCAGAGAACAUAUCAUCGCAGCUGAACUGAGACUUUAUCAAAGUUUGAGCAAAGGUGUUGAGCUCAGGAAAGCCUACAUCAUAGCUAUAUACAUAGUUGCACAAAUGAAAUACGAAAAUCGAAAGAAACUCUACAUAGAUUCAACUAGCACCAUGACGGAUAAAAGCGGCUGGAUAAUAUUGAAUGUAACUCAAGCUCUUGAAUAUUGGGUGAAACAUCCGAAAAAAAAUCGAGGAUUAUAUUUGGCGGUGUAUCGCGAUGAUUAUACAGGUCGCGUUAUAAGGCCGGAUGAUAUAGGUAUCGUGGGUGUUUCAGGGGUUUCGGAUAAACAACCAUUUAUGGUUGGCUUCUUUAAGAGUUCUGAUAUUCACAGAAAAUACGGCACAUUAUCCAAACAGAAAAGGGAUAUUAAAUUCCAAAAUGAUUAUACAAAUAGUAUAAACAUUAAAGAUAAUCCUUUUGUUAAUCUUGUAAUGAAAAAACAGAGAAAAAAUAUAUGCAGCAUUCGGAAAUUAUACAUAAGUUUCAAAGAGCUCCAAUGGGAAAAUUGGAUCAUAGCUCCGGACGGAUACGAUGCUUACUAUUGCAGCGGAGAAUGCACUUUUCCAAUGAACACUCAUAUGAAUGCUACUAAUCAUGCCAUUGUACAGACUUUGGUACAUCUGGUGAAACCGUACGAGGUGCCAAAACCGUGUUGCGUACCUACUAAAUUAUCACCAAUAUCAGUAGUUUAUUUUCUCGACGAAAGUAACAUCGUGUUAAAAAAAUAUAAAAACAUGGUAAUUGAUAGCUGUGGUUGCCAUUAAAUCGUUUUUAGUAUCUCAGAAAAUUGACGACUUUACAAGUUUCUAAGGGAUAAAAUAUUAACAACAUAU